GUUUGAGUUGGUUUAUACUCAGAGGGUUUUAACUUACUUGUGAAGUUCACACUACUGAAAGUAAUUGCAAUGUUUGACUUCUUUUGUUUUAGAGUCCAAGAAAAAGAAAAACACGGCAUAGUACAAAUCCCCCUCUAGAGUGUCAUGUUGGUUGGGUAAUGGACUCCAGAGAUCAUGGGACAAGAACAUCCUCUGUCAGCAGUUCAAAUACUUCACCUUCAGAAAGUACCCCACUAGCAGGAAGUUAUGGAUGUACGCCUCAUUCGUUCCCAAAGUUCCAGCAUCCUUCUCAUGAACUUUUGAAGGAAAAUGGUUUUACCCAACAAGUAUACCACAAGUAUCGUCGAAGAUGCCUAAGUGAUAGAAAACGCUUGGGAAUUGGCCAAUCCCAAGAAAUGAAUACCCUCUUUCGUUUCUGGUCCUUUUUCCUCAGAGAUCACUUCAAUAAAAAAAUGUAUGAAGAAUUUAGACAACUCGCUUGGGAAGAUGCAAAAGAAAAUUACAGGUAUGGGUUAGAAUGUCUGUUCAGGUUUUAUAGCUAUGGACUGGAAAAAAAAUUCAGACAAGAAAUUUUUAAGGAUUUUCAAGAAGAAACCAAAAAAGAUUAUGAAUCUGGUCAGCUGUAUGGACUAGAAAAGUUUUGGGCUUAUCUGAAAUAUUCUCAAUCUAACACGCAGUCUAUUGACCCAAAACUUCAGGAAUACCUCUAUAGUUUUAAGAGGUUAGAAGACUUCCGCGUUGAUCCCCCUAUUAAUGAAGAAUUUGGAAGAAAAAGACAUUCAUCUACUUCUGGUGAGGAGAGUAGUCGUCAUAGACCUCCAUCUAAUUCCUCCACAAAGCCGCCAAAUGCUGCUAAGCCUACACCUGCCAGUCAGCUUCAGAUCCCAAUAAACUCUCGCAGAAGAAAUACUUCACAGGAGUCCAUUGACAAUUUACACCAGAACAGUGCUACUUCAGUUUCAACAAAUGGUGAAAUGCCUGAGAAAUAG